AUGCGAAGCAGUGAUAAAGCACGCUUUAUCAUUUAUCAGCUAUGGUAUCCGUUUGUUAUUAUGCAAGUAUUUUUGUUCUGCUUUGCCGAUCGUCGCAAUGUGCUAUUAACCGAUUUAAAUAAGAAAUUGAAUCGGUCACCCGAAUUGGAGAGUUCGUUUUUGAAUCGUCUGACACUUUGGUGGUUCACACCGAUACCGUUGUUGGGAUCAAGGAAAACUCUGGUGAUCUCUGACUUGUAUCAACUAAAUGAAGGCAAUGCUGCUGCUUACUUAUCAUCGAAAUGGAAUAAUUUGUGGAAAUCCGUCGAAGAAGAUUAUCAUAAAAGAAGGCGAAAUUAUGAAAACGCACAACGAAAUGUUUCACAGUCGAAGUCGAAGAAGAAAAACGGUCCAAAACCUCCAUCGAUUGUAUGGCGAUUGUUUCUAAUGUUUCGUUUUGAAGUUAUAUCGGCGGCAUCAGUGAAAAUACUGGCUGAUGUACUGCAGUUUGCAAGCCCAUUUUUCCUGAAGUAA